AUGGCCGACUCGGUGUUCCUCGAUGAAGUGUCGUGCUUUUUGCACAGCUUCGACUGGACGGCCGUUCCUGGCAACGUCCUGGUCCAGUCCCUCGACAAAGACCCACCGCCGCUGCUCACGAUGCCAAGCGCCGACACGGCCGUGCAAUUGCUGGAUCAAGUCACGGCCUCUGCCGCAGUGUACGGGUCCGAGGGCUUCCCAGACAGUCUCCGCGACAUGCGUUUAUCGUGCAGCGACGCGUCGUUGACCGAUACGGAAAGUCUGCGGUCGGCCCCACUGUCUCCUGCCAGGGCCGAUGCGGGCGAGAGCGUUCGCAGUCGAGAUGCCAUUCGGCGCAGCUCGUACCGAAAGAAACAAAAAGACCAACGACUGGCUCUGCAUGAGCUGGUGAACACGCUGUCGCAUCAACUGGCACUGCUGCAAAAGAAGAAGACCAAGGCGAUCGUGCAAGCGGGAAGUGCCGAGCGCGAUCGCUCGAUCAUGUGGAAAGCGCUGGCAGAUCGACAGUUGCAGGCCAAACUGCGGGCAGAAGAACAACAUGGCCGAUACGUUGAGGCAGUGAAGCACCAGUCAGCACUCAUCCGGGAGCUGGGAGCCCUCGUGAGGAAGCGGGUUCGAGACGAACGGCAGGAAGGAGGAAGUGAAGGCUGUUUGGUCAAGAAAGCGCGGCGCAAGUCGCCCGAUCAAGCGCUGUACGAGACGUAUAUCCAGAAGCUCGACGACGUGUAUGCACAGACGGACAAAGUCUGGGAAGUGCUGGCAGUGGAUGCGACGGCUGAUCCGUCGGACGAGAAGGACGAAGCAAAUGUCUUUUACUUGCGCUCGCAACGGGCGAUGAAAGAUGAGGUGUAUCAUGAACUGGCGGGGAAGUUGACGACACCGUUCUCGUUCGAUCGAUUACGGGCUCGUAUCGAUCGUGCGUGCAGUCUAGAGAACCUCCAAGGCUACACCGAAGUAGAGGGGGCUUGGAUUCCCGAUAACACGACUAUUGCGAAAUACCAGGGAUCCGUCCCCGGAAGUCGUGGUACGCUCGUGCAGUUCCACGUUGCGCGAAAGUAUUGCGAAGGCCAUCGAGUCGUUAUUGUCUGGAAGAAGUUUACCGAAGGGGAAGGCGACUUUGCUGGCAUGCACUCGGAUGGCACUGGCUGGUGCGUUUUCCAGCCGUCACUGAGCAGUGUGGAUGGGUACGCCGGGACUUCAUUAGAGUCGGUCACUCGGUUCGUCCCCAUGAAUUUCAGCUCUGCGGCCUCAGGCGCGAAAGAGAAGCUGUUCACUGACGCAAUCAUCAAAUUUGAAGAAGAAAUGUGCCAAACUUGUCUGAGGACGAUGGAAGAAGUUCUCUUGGAUGAUGCUCUAGGAGUGUGUUGA